CAAUAUCUUCAAGCAAAAAGUCUUCGUCAUUAACCUCUCAAUGGCGACUCCAUCUUCAUCUCUAUCUCCUCCUCCGGUGAAUCUCUGGAUAAUCUUAUCAGAAUCAAAACGAAUCAUCAACGCUCACUCACGUCACUUCUUAGCUCUCUCCGUUCUCUUCCUCCUUCCUCUCUGCUUCUCCAUCACAGUUUACCCUUCUGUCUUCCGUCUCAUCACCGAUCAAUCCUCCGCUUCUCACAACAGCGUCUCUCUUCUCCGCGGACUCCACCAAAACGAUGACGACGUCGAUACCAAAACAACGGUCUUGCUUCUAAUUGGUUACAUCGUUGUUGUCACCGUCUUCAAUCUCUUAGCUAUUGGAUCAAUCGCUUAUAGUGUGUUUCAAGGUUUCUAUGGAAGACCUGUGAAAUUGAUCUCUGCAGUGAAAUCGAGCGUUGCUUCGUUUUUACCUCUUCUCGCUACUUUGAUUUCAUCGAAUUUUAUAGUUUUUGGGGUUUUUCUGAUUCUAGGGAUUUUAGCUUUCUUGUUGACUAAGCUAAUUGAGAUCAUCCCCGGUGUCGAAUUCGAUUACUCGUCUUCGUAUUUCCAAGGUUUUAUAAUCGUAGUAACGAUUAUGUCGAUUGCAAUUGCGAUUAAGCUCUAUGUGAAUUGGAUUCUUGCUUGGGUUGUUGUUGUUGUUGAAUCAGAUUGGGGUUUAACUCCAUUGAAGAGAAGUAAAAGCUUGGUUAAAGGAAUGAAAAGUGUUUCUUUGUCGAUAAUCUUCUUCUUCGCUUCAACCGAAUCGAUUCUCGUUUGGAUUAGUACCUUAGCCGCCUCUGCUCAGCUCAACGAUGACGAAAAUGGUGGGAAGUUAUGGACGAAUGCUUUCUUUGUGGUACAGAUUGUGAUCACGUCUGCGUUUUUAACGCUGUUGACGUUGUAUAAUCUUGCGGCGACUACUGUGAUGUAUAUGUAUUGCAAAGCUGUUCAUGGUGAGCUUGUUUGGGAGAUAGCUGAAGAGUUUGCUAGAGAAUAUGUGAGCUUGCCUUUUGAUGAUGGUAAAGUUCCUCAUUUGGUCUCUGUAGCUUACAACAACAUCUGAUGAAUCAUGAUGAUGAUGAUGAAGAAUUAAAAGGUGUUGUUUGUUUUGUUGUUAUGUUUUCAAGUUAGUGUUCGAAAAAUCUGGUCUUUUUGUAUGAUAAAGCAAGUUUGUAACCUUGUAUAUUGAUCUUCUUUACUGUUCUUGAGACUUGAAAACUAUAAUCUGAAUCAAGAUUUAUUCAGUAU